GCCGCUCGAUAACAAAAAACUGUUUAUGAGCAUCUUCGAGCGUCACUGUACGCGCAUCACACCACCUCUGAUUAAACUCCAAAGUGGGUAAAAGUGGGAUUGUGCGAGCAAUCAAGAAGUGUGUAUGCGCGUGCAGAAGUGUGUGUGCGCAUAUAUACGUUGUACGUACGUGUGUAGGUAUGUAGGUAUGUAUGUACGUAUGUACGUAUGUACGUAGUACGCGCAUAGGCUGAUAAACGCUGGCGCUGGCACGCGCUAAAUAUUCCGUUCUCGCGCGCUAAAGUCCGUAUUGUAUCCGGCGUACGCCGUGAUAUAAUUGCAUUGCACAAGCCUGUUAAGUAUAAACGGCAUAAAUCGGCAUAGAUCAAACGAAAUUAGAAACUAGAAUUGAUCUCUUCCAGCUGAUUUGGCACUUAAUGACGUAACAUACGCGUAGCAUACGGCGAUAGCGAUUUGACUUUAUCCACAUAAUACGAUCCCACGAUAUUUCGGGAUUUCCCUUUGGCACUUUUUGAAUGUCGCGAUGCUCACUUUAGCGAAAUAUCGCUCGUUCGUAAUAUAAUCGCUGAUCAAUCCCGAUUCACACAACGCUCCGUCGCCCCCGUCGCGUCGGCCCCGUUGCGUUGACGGCGAGGAAGUGAGUAGCGAGUAGCGAGAUCAAGCGAGACUAACGAGGUGGACGAAGGGGAAGGCAGACGAAGGGGAAGAUUGGGAAAGAUCGUUGCAAAUUGGAGCGAGGGAUGCGGGGAAGCCGGGGAAUCUCUUUCUCUCUCGACCUUUGACAAGGCACAAGGGAGAGAUUUGUCGACUCGCUCACUAAUCGUGACUGUUUGGCUCAGUCCUGGCUUUUGGGUGCAACACACCUUGACAGAUUGUCGAGUUCACGCUGUUUACCUGGACUCCAAACUCAUCAGUUCGUAGUUCGCCGAUUAAUAUCUUCAUAAACAAUGGAUGACUCUCCAUUGCAAAAAGUAGAGCUGCAAACAGAUGUUUACAUGGUAUGCUUGCAGCAUGCUUUAUCUACAGAGAACUUUGAAGUAAUGGGCUUACUUAUCGGUAAUUUUGAGUGUGGAGUAGCAAAAAUAUCAGCUGUUAUUAUUUUGCGACGUCUAGAUAAGAAGAAAGACAGAGUAGAAAUAUCGUCAGAACAAUUACUGAAAGCUGCUGCUGAAGCUGAACGAUUAACUGUAGAAUUAAAUCGACCUAUGCGUGUCCUUGGCUGGUAUCAUUCGCAUCCACAUAUUACAGUUUGUCCAUCACAUGUUGAUGUCAGAACUCAAGCUACUUAUCAGACAAUGGAUCACAGUUUUGUAGGCUUAAUAUUCUCAGUAUUUUCAGAGGGCAAAGAAUCAAAAGAACAUGAAAUCUUCUUAAAUUGUUUUCAAUCCGAUAAUGGUGAAGCUACAGAAAUACCAUUAGAAAUAGUACAUACUCCAGAUAUUUCAGACAGAUGUUUAAGAACAAUGACAGACUUGUCAAAAAUUUUGGUACAAGAAGAAGAAGAUAUGGCUGAAGCUUGUAAAGAUCAUCCAGAUGUCCUCGCCAGUAUUCAUAAUGAUGCUGUCAGGACACGUGCGUUGGUUCAUAUAACAGAUAUCAUUACAAAGCCUUUGGUACAAACGUUUGAAAAAAGAAUAGCGUUAAAUAAAUUGCGAACUAUACAUCUCCGAAGACAAUUACAAGAAUUACAAAAAAUGUGUAAUGGUUAA